AUGAACGCGUACGAAUCCCAAUCCGAGUCUGAAUCCGAUUCCCACUCCGUUUUGGUAACAAUAAGCUCAAAACUGAUUAUAAAUGAAAACGAGAAAGAGAAGGCCGAGGUCAGUGCUGAACAGAAAUCGGAUGAGGCCCAAGACACUCUUUAUAUAUUCGAGGAAAUACUUUCACCGCAUAAAAAUAACAAAGAUCACCUUAUUGGGGAAAAAGAAGAAGCUCAAUUAAAGGAAGGUGAAGACCGCAUUGUUGAUCUUGAAAGAUUUCAGUCGCUUUCAAGUGAAAAAGCAAACCCUGCGUGUGAAAAUCAGCUACAAAAUCCCUUAGAGCAUCAUGAAAAUAAUACGCUUGACAAAGCAAUAGAAAGAAAUCCUAUUGUUAUAACAGAACAAGCAUCGGAAAACAAGGAAGAAAAUCGCCCAAGAGAUCGAGAGGAAAGACCACUAGUUUUGGAAGAAAGACACUCGCUUUCAAUAGCGGAGACAAAAAAACGUCGCGCCAGUGUUUAUUGUGACGAUAAUCUGUUUAUACCUCGGGAAUUGGCUCGCAGUGAGCUGCAUCAGCGAAGAUUUCCCACAUCCCUAAAUAACUUGGAUCGAAUCAGCAAACAUAGUGACUACCGCUUACGAAUGCUAAAGUUUCCAGUUGGAUCAGGCCGAGCUCGUUUUGUGGCGCAGCAAUUGAAGAGGAGAAAGUUAAGGGAGCAGAGAAUGAAGACUGAGGAGAAAAGAAAGCUCCUUGAACACAAAAAAUCGCAAAUGAAAGAGGAAACCCAAAUGAUGCCUAAUUUGAAUCAAGAGAAAUUGCCCAGCGAUGAAGAGUGUUGCAUAAUUCUGGAGGAAAUCGUUGUGUCAGAGACCGAAGAGGAUGGCACCGAUGAGCUGAUAGAGCGCGUGUCGAAACGUCAAUUGAAGCGAUCCUCCAGCUUGGACUUAAGUCGUAGCAGUGCUAACGAGCUGCUGGCGGAUAAACAGGAUCAGCAACAAUUGCCGCUCUUCCGUUGGCACAAUCCGGACUGCAGCGAUAACAGCCGAAAGAUGGGAAUCCUGGAGGAUAUAAGUCUGUCUGCUAGCGUUGAUAUUCAAGUGGGCUACAGCGAAAUGCCCAACACUUCAAGUGAGACAGCUUCUCAGCAACAACCACAGCAACAUCAAGAAGUGAUUGUGGAGGUGGUGGCUGCUGAAUUGCAGUCACAGCAGCAGCCAUUGCCUCGUCCAUGUGCCGAGGUCGUUGAGCAACCACAGCAACAGCAGCAACAGCUUCAGCUCACUUAUAGUCAGCAGCAACACCAACAUCAGCAGCAGCAACAACAUCAAUAUUAUUUGCGUCAGCUGCAACCUCCUCCGUAUCAACCACGUUUGCAGUGCUUUCAGGAUGCCUUCUCGCAAUACGCCGAGUCGCAGCUGGCAGAUUCCAAUAACACACUGAUGCCACCGCCACCGCCGCCACCAGUGACGACAACAACACUAGCAUCACUGCGACCAACGCCAAUGCAACCACCACCACCACCAGUUGCAUAUCGCACUGAAAUCAGACAACAACCUGCGCGCAGUGGGCGCAUGAUGAGACGUCGCCACACCAUCGAUCAUAGAGCUAAUAAUAUGAUGUUAUAUCCACCAUAUGCAACACCAGCUGCUCCAUCAAGAGAAGCGCUUCGCCGUACAAAUGCCACAGCAGCAACUGCAGCACACUUUUCGCGACCUGACACGUCUACAACUGUUGCCAACGAGAGAAACCAUGUGAAUCAGGCAAUUGAACAAACUGCAAUUACGUCCAUCAUCAGCAAUUAUGUGACAAACUAUUUGAAUGACAUGGAAUCAAGAAAUCCAUAA